AUGUCUUUCAAUGAGGAAGAAAAUUAUGAGAACUACCUAGGCGGAGGGUAUGGUGAUGAAUAUAUUGAAGCCGACAGAGGUCAGCAUUUUGAUAAUGAGAAUUCUUUAACACCUUAUCAAGUUCAGCGACCGGCAAACUAUGCUACUCCGCCCCGGCCUCAACGCCGGAUGCCUAUGCAACUUCCUACAAUCCACACGCGUGAUUUAGAGGUUCAUCAAGAGCCUUCACAAGGGCCUGCACCUCGUGUUCCAUCAACUCCUGCAGUUACCCAGGAACCCUCAAGCCCAGAGAUUAGCAGCAGCCCAGAUCAAGGAAAUAUGCUUUCAAGUCCAGAUGCUAGCAGCAACACAAAUGAAGAAAAUGUCCCUUCAACUCCUCAAGAGCAAAGAAGUCCCUCGGCCGUUUUACAAAGCCCAUCCAUGUCAAAUAACAGCGUGCAAGAUGUUCCGAGUCCAACAGUUGAUUCUGAUGUCGAGGACAGCUCACCAACAGGUAGCCAGCAUGCAGAUGCAACAAGCGCUGACUUGAUGCCAAGUAUCGAGUCACCAGACGUCGAAAAUAAGGAAGAUUCCCAGGCCACUCUUGAUCAUGGCAGAAGUCAAGUGGUUGCAAACGAUUUGUACGAUGCGAGUCCUCAAAGAUCUAUUCGCGCACCCCCACAAAAGUCCAACGGGAAUCCCAAAUCUAUAUUUGGUACGCCACAUAAUUCCAAUAUUCAAUCUACUGGAACUUCCAGUCAUCUUCAGACCCCAAAAGAACAACGUCAGCAAAAACAAGCAGAAGUAGUUGCAAUUGAAUCCGACUCUGACGAUGAUUGCGUUAUUAUAAUGAGUAGGCCAGCACGCCCUGGAAAGCCAAGGAUAAAGAAUCCACCUCUUGUUAUAAAGAAUGAGCCAGUCUCUGAUUCGGCGACGAAUAUUAGCACACCAAAGAUAGCAAGUGUGAGCCCUGAUAAGAGCGUGGCGCCUGAUGAUUUUGAUAGAGAAUCAAGCCCUACUGAAGAAGAAAUGAUCGCAGCUCAAGCAUCAAUUCUUCGCCCAACUAUACGUCGAACUCAUUCUGGAGAUGAAGACUCUCCCGGACCGGUUAAUAGUGGUAGGAAGAGACGCAGAGAGAGCAUGGCGUAUCCCGAGGAUCAGGCAGAUAUUGAUAAUGCUAUGCAAGUCGAUGAAGAUGACAAUAAUUGGAUGCAUGACCAAGAAGAUGAAGGCGACGAUUCACAAGAGGAAUAUGAGAACCUUGUGAAGUUACGAAAUGCUUUGAACAAGGAGCUAGAUAAAGGAACUCUCGGGUUUACUGAAAGGGCUGAGCUCAUUAGGGUCAAACACACUCUUGCAAAGCUGGAUCGCCUGAAGACUGCUAAAGUCAGAGGUGCUGAGGAUGAGGAAGAAGACGACGAAUCGUUGUUCGUCCCUGAAGAUAGACAUCGAAGAUUUCAAAAUGUGGCUGAUAAUGGUGAAGGCCCAUCUUCAAGACCUGGCGACAGAUUUGAAGAUAUUUUUGAUGAGGAUGCAGGUCUUGCUAGUAUGCUCCAGGAAGAGUUUGACGAUGGCCCUUCCAAAAAGCAAAAGCCCAAGAGAAAACGACAAGCCCCAGCCAAGAAUGCUCGAGAAUUUCAGGCCAGGGAACAAGCAAAAAUUCUUGAGAAAGAAAAAGCAAAGUUGCAAAAGCAAAAGGCCGGUGGAAGUGGUGGUAAAGGCGGGAAGACCAAAGCUGGACGAAAAGGCAAAGGCAGGGGCAAAGAAAAAGAGAAGAGAUCCAAAAAGGGGGCUGUUAAAGUCGAUAGAAACAUGAAAGACGCUCGGUUCAUGGAAAAACGCGGAGGACAAGAUGAUAUUGGACAAUUGAUUUUGGAUGAUCUCAUGAAUUGCGAUGCGAUCGGAGAUCGUCUCCAAGACCCCAUCUUCAAUUGCGCUCCCGAACCCGAACUUGGCGGAACCCGAAAUAAAGCCACCCAACUUCAACAAUUGUUCGCCAAUAUUCCUGAAGGUAGCAGUAAGACUAAGGGAAAAUCUGACAAAGCAAAACUUUUGCAAGCUUCUCGAAGUUUUGGUUAUGCACAAGUCAAAGCUGUUGAUGGAAAAUGGCUUGUUAAGGGAAUGAAAUCGACCUUGUACCAUCAUCAGUUGCUCGGUGCGCAGUGGAUGGUGUCUAGAGAAUUGAGCUCUGAACCACCUCAUGGUGGUCUACUUGCCGAUUCAAUGGGUCUUGGCAAGACUGUGCAAACCCUGGCUUGCAUGGUUGGCAAUCCACCCACUGAAGAAGAUAAAAAGCGCGGAGUAACGGCAACGUUAAUCGUCGUUCCAUCUUCAGUCAUCUCUCAAUGGAAAGAAGAAAUCUACAACCAUGUCCACGAAAAGGUAUUCCCAAAGGUGAUGCAGUACAAGGCAUCAAUGAAUAUCUCCGAAGCUGUUCUCAAAGAUAUAGACAUAGUCGUUACUUCUUACACAGAAGUUAUGAAGCAAUUCCCCUUCCCCGACCGGAAGGGCCGAGAAGAUAUUGCCAGGCAUGGAUAUAAAAAAUGGUGGAAAAACGCUCAUGAUCAACUUGGUGUUCUUCAUAAGAUCAACUGGCGCAGAGUCGUUCUUGACGAAGCUCACGCAAUCAAAAAUAACUCUGCCAGAACAAGUUUGGCUUGCCAAAAUCUGAAGAGCGUUUAUCGGUGGUGUUUGACUGGUACCCCCCUUUUGAAUAGGCUCGAAGAGCUUUUCCCGUACCUUCGAUUUCUCAAAGCUAAUUAUGCAAUGGAUUGGAGGACUUUCCAACAAUAUUUUUGUGACCCUGAUGCUGACGAUUGUAAUAAUCGUAUUACAACCCUUCUAAGCUAUGCUAUGAUGCGCCGUACUAUGAAGACUACGAUCCUCAAUCGACCAAUCAUCACUCUCCCUAAGCCCCACCCUGUUAUGCAACAGCUCAAUUUCUCUCGAGAAGAAAGGAUUAUUUAUCGAAUUACCGAGAACCGCUUUCGGGCAAACCUUAAUGUGUUUCUGGCCAACGGCACUGCUCAACGAGCCUAUGGAGUCUUCUUCGUUCAAUUGCUUCGUCUUAGACAAUGUACUUCUCACCCUUUUAUGCUUGAACGCACAAUGAGAGAGUCCUGGACUACCGAAGACGUUGAGCGGCUUCGCAAGGAGCUUGGCAAAUUUAAGGACUCGAACGUAGCGUUCUACGAGCAAUGCAAACUUUGGGUUACUGAAAGUGAAGAAGAGAGAGCGGAAGCUAUAGCUAGAGGUGAAAAAGGAGCCGAAGCUAUCCCUUUCGGACUUUCCAAAUUUGGCGAAAGCUUCAAAUUUGAUAGUGCUUUGGAUUCGCUCAAUGAGGAAGAGCUUUAUACUCGGAUUACCUGUCAUCUUUGCUCAGAUGUUCCAAAUGAGCCUGUUAUUACUGAUUGCUCACACAUCUUCUGUCAGAGUUGUUUGACCAAUCAUCUACACACGCAGAUGCACUUGUCCGAUGGCGAUGACACGUUCAACGUUUGUCCCAAGUGUGACAUCAUCUUCACCAAUGCAUUACCCUAUAAAGACCUCGAAAUUCCUGAUGAUGACGGCAUGGACUCUGGCCACAACCAAGCUCAAGAAUCAGAAAGCUCAUCUAGGGCAGCCAAGCGCCGUAAAACCAACAACGACAAUUCUCGUCGUACACAUGGAAUUAAAAGCAAAGGUUUGGAUGCGCUUGAUUUUGAACCCUUUACUAAAGACAAUACCUGGGUUACUAGAUCAGAUUAUGACCCCAAAUUCCCCCUCAUUCCAAGUGCCAAGACUACGGCGUUGAAAGCUUUGCUUUUGAAAGGUUUUGAAGAGGCUCCUGAUGAUAAGGUAGUUAUCUAUGUCCAAUUCCGCACGCUAGCCCGUAUCAUCGGCCGCAUGUGCAGAGCUGAAGGCUGGGGAUUUUUAUACCUCACCGGUGACGCCUCACUCGAGCAUCGAAGCAAAGCCGUCAAAGAAUUUCGCAACCGCGACGACAUUCAAAUCCUGAUCGCCGGCCUCAAAUGCGGUGGUCUCGGACUUAAUUUCCCAUUCGCUAAUCGCUGCAUCUCGCUUGAUCUCUGGUGGAAUCACGCCGUCGAACAACAAGCCUUCGGACGCAUCUUUCGCAUUGGCCAAAAUAAAGAAACCUGGAUGACGCGACUCGUUGUGGCUAAUUCGGUCGAUAUGCGGUUGCUGGGGAUGCAGAAUUGGAAAUUGAAAGCGUGUGAGAAGGCAAUUGAUAAUAAUGGAUUGAGUGGUGCGAGUGGGAGUGCGGGAGGAACGUUGAAUUUGUCGCAGUUGGCGAGGUUGUUUGGAUUUUUGAAAACGGAUGAGGAUAAUAAUUUGUUGAGGAUUGAACCAGAUUAUGAGGAUGGCGAGGAUGCCAUGGAUGGGGGAUGUGCGUAG